CCCAAAACAUGGCACAAUACUUGCUACUUGAGGAUAGAGCUCGUGGGAUGCUAUCACGAAUGCCAUUCUCCGUUGGCGCUGGGCAUGGAGAGCGGGCUCAUUUCCGACGAAAUGAUCACGAGUUCAGGCCUCGCCGGAAAUCCUUCGGGUGCAAGAUUAAAUCAUGACACUUUCUGGAUGUCAACGGAUACAAAAGCAUGGUUACAAGUGGACUUUAUAAUGAUAACUAUCGUAAUGGGUGUCAGCACACAAGGGUGUGGUGCCCGGUGGGUGACAGAAUACCAGAUAUCAUUUCUGUAUGAUGGAAACGAGUUUAGAUAUUUUGAAGAAAAUGGAAAUAAUAAGACGUUUUCAGGCAAUAACGAUGACUCGUCUGUCGUCACCAAUUACUUCUACCCACCGAUCAUUGCGAGGAGAGUACGACUACAUCCAAGAAACUGGGCGUUUUCGAAAAUAAGGUUCCGAGUUGAAUAUUUGGGCUGCUAUCAUUUUUGUUCUCAGCCACUGGGCAUGGAAAGUGGUGCAAUACAGGAUUCUCAGUUGUCAGCUUCCAGCGAGGAGCCUAAGUACGAGGUUAACAAAGCGAGAUAUAACAAAACAGAAGGUGUAUGGAGACCAGCCGCUGGAGAUAUUGAAAAUCCAUGGUAUCAAGUAGAUUUUAAAACGAAUGCUACUGUGAAGGUUAUCGCAAUACAAGGAUCGCCAACGGUACCUAAUAUAUCGUUUAAGAAUUUCACUGUCAUGUACAGCUAUGAUGGAAAGCAUUUUGAAGAUUACCUAGAAAAUGGAAAGAAAAAGGUUUUAAACCAAAACUGA